AUGCCUUGUUUUCAACAUUAUAUUUUAUACUUGCAGGCCUCUGGUUUGGGAAGAAUGAAGCCUAACACUUUGGUGCUUGGGUUUAAAAAAGAUUGGAGACAUGCCACCGCCAUGCAAGUUGAAAAUUACACAGGUGCCAUACACGAUGCAUUCGACUUUGAAUUUGGCGUGAUAAUUGUUCGAACGAGUCAAGGGUUUGAUAUAUCGCAAAUCCUUCAAGUUCAAGGGGAGCUGAAGAAGAUGGAGCAGGAGAGACAAGCCCUGGAAGCAGCUCUUAAAGAUAACGAAUUUGAAGAACAAAAUUAUGGCCUUCGUAGAUUCUUCAGAAGAGCCAAGAAGCUCCAUUUUGCAAAGACGAUGCCCCCAAAAGAUUGCAGCAUUAGCACCAUCUCUUCAGUACACGUUGGGGAAUUCAAUCAACGGAUGCUUGAAGCUAGCGUUCAGUUUAAAAAGAAGCAAGGAAAAGGUUCCAUCGAUGUGUGGUGGCUGUUUGAUGAUGGAGGGUUAAUCCUCUUAAUUCCCUACAUUCUGACACUCCGGAAAAAAUGGAAGGAUUGCAAACUGAAGAUCUUUACUGGUGGAAAAGUUACUCGCCUUGAAGAAGAUAGCAGACAGAAUGUGGUCUUGAUGGCUUCACUAUUAAGUAAGUUCAGAAUAAAAUUUGCCGACAUUAAUAUAAUUGGAGACAUCAACAUGAAACCCAAUAAAGAGAGCUGGAAAUUCUUUGAAGAGAUGAUUGAACCAUACCGCCUUCAUGAAAGCUGCAAAGAUUUAACAACUGCUGAGAAAUUAAAGAGAGAAGCACCAUGGAAAAUCACUGAUGCAGAACUGGAAGCAUUCAAGGAAAAGAGUUACCGCCAGGUCCGUUUGAAUGAACUCUUACAGGAGCACUCUCGAGCUGCUAAUCUAAUUAUUGUGAGCCUACCAGUGGCAAGAAAAGGAUUUAUAUCGGAUUACCUCUACAUGGCUUGGUUGGAAAUCCUUUCCAAGAACCUACCUCCAGUUAUGCUCAUUCGAGGCAACCACAAAAAUGUACUAACGUUUUACUCAUAACUUCCCCCCUGAAGUCCAUUACAUGCAUUCUGGACAUAGCAAUGGACUUAAUAUAUCCAAUAAGACUCCAAACAGGAUAUUUUGCUAUCAGCAUUUCCAAGUAAAAAACAAAUCAUAUCUCCAAAAAGGAGAGAAGAAAUGAAAAACCAGGAUUGACAGCGCAAGGUAAAAUGGAAGAGAGUAACUUGGAAAGAAAAAAAAAAAUCUGCAUUCCACAUUUCAAAUCCCUCUUUAAAAAUCUAUAUUUCAUCACAAAGAAAGUCUCCUUGAUGUCAGAAUAUACACUAACUUCCAUUCCUAUUAUGAACACAUUAGGUUUAAUUACUGCAGUCCUGUGGUCCAGAAUACCGUAAAACUUAGUUAUGCAAAAACGUCCAUUCUCCCCCAAAGAAUCCACAAUGUCUGAUUUCCUGUUCAUUGCUAUACCUGCUUACAUAACUUCAAAGUUUUUGUUCCAUAAAUACAUCUGGUUGUAGUUUUUUUUCUAUUCAUGAUAGUGAAACUGGGGAGCAAAAUGUCAUGAUUUAUAAGGCAUAACAUAUAAUUUCAAAUUAUCACUUUAAGAUAAGCUGGAAUCAUAUUCAAUCAACAUUUAAGACAACUUUGAAAGCAAAUAUAUGUGUACUAACCUAAUUUCUUUUUAAAAAAAUCAGUGAUAUUGAUUUCUUUAGAACUAUAAAUAAAAGUAAACUAGCACAGUGACUUGGCAUAACUUAGAAAUUAUUUUUAAUAAUUUUUAAUCUUUUUCUGACUGGUAAGAAUAUUUGAACUUGUAUAUUAAUUUAAUGUUAACAAUAAAAAUGAAUCGCAGGUUUAUCUCCACUGCA